AUGGAAGAUGAAUAUUCCUCAAGCAUGAUUUCGAGUGCCAAAACGAUUAUUAAUGUUCCAGCCAUGGAAACUUCGGAUUCAACCAACACCAACAUUUACGCAAUUCAUGCAAGGAACAAUAAGCGCCCAAGACUCGAAUAUCAUCAUGAAAUUGAUACCAACAACAUUAUUGCCUCCUCUUCUGCCAAGUUCAAAGGGGUCGUGCCUCAACAAAACGGUCAUUGGGGAGCGCAAAUCUACGCGAACCACCAGAGAAUUUGGCUCGGUACGUUCAAGUCAGAGAAGGCGGCGGCCAUGGCCUAUGAUAGCGCAGCCAUCAAACUCCGGAGCGGCGAUUCACAGAGAAAUUUUCCCUGGACUAGUCUGACUAUCCAAGAGCCUGAUUUCCAAAGCCGUCACACCAUAAAGAUGGUUCUUAAUAUGAUCAAGGACAGCUCUUACCAAUCGAAAUUCGAAGAAUUUGUAAGAACUCGAUCUCAAAGUAAGGAAGUCUUUAUUGACAAGGGAAAUCAUGAUCAACAUCUCAACAAAAAAAUAAAGGGCCAUGGAGAUGCACAAUUCUUGACGAGGCAACUAUUUCAAAAGGAGUUGACGCCAAGUGAUGUUGGUAAGCUUAAUAGACUUGUUAUCCCUAAAAAAUUUGCGGUCAAGUAUUUUCCUUACAUUAAUGAAGAUAUUAAUCAUGUGGAGGGAAAUGGAGCAGUAGAAGAUAUUGAGCUAGUUUUCUAUGACAAGAAUAUGAGGCCUUGGAGAUUUCGGUAUUGUUAUUGGAAAAGCAGCCAAAGUUUUGUCUUCACAAGGGGCUGGAAUCGGUUUGUGAAGGAAAACAGCUUGAAGGCCAAUGAUGUCAUCACGUUUUAUGCAUGUGAACACUACUGCCGUGGUACUGGAAUAUUAAGGGAGGUAAAUGGCCAAAGUUUUUGCUUAAUUGAUGUAACGCAUAAUGGGGUUAAUGUUGAAAGCAAGAAGUGUUUGAGUAACGAUAAGGAAGAGGCCAAUAAUUAUUAUCAUUGUGAAAAGCAUAUCAUGAAGGUGGCAUGGAAGCAAAAUUUUUAUCAAGGCAGUGAUCAGUUUAAAUACAAUGAAGAAGAUGUGUCUAACAAUUUGGAGGAGAAAGGAAUUAGGCUAUUUGGUGUACACAUCAAGUGA